UGGUGGUCCAAGCUGCUCAGGGAGGCGACUGAGUCUCUGCUAAAAAACUAAUUAAAUUCAGCCCAGAAACUUGAAGCAUCGGCGAGGAAGCCGCGGAGCGUGCCGCCGGGGGGGCUCGGUGCUCCGCAGCCGGAGGAGGGAGAGUCGAGCUUCACCCGGGCCGGGACAGAGGCUCCGUGUCCCCGCUGCGUCUCUGCACACGAGUUGUGACGAGCUGAUUUCCACCAACAUGGUUCCACCAUGAGCGAGCCGUCAUUGGACCUCUGGUUCUGCGAGGACUGCCAGGACUACUUCCAGGAGUGUCCGUCCCACGGGCCGCCGCCGCUCGUCCCCGACACGCCGGCGCCGCCGGGCUCGGCCAAUCGGGCGGCUCUCACGGUCCCAUCCGGCCUGGAGGUCUUCACCGAGGGGGGGCAGGUGGACGUUCGCUGCCUGGAGCCAAACUUCCCCAAGGGGGCGAUCUUCGGCCCGUACGAGGGACAGCUGGUGUCCAAGGACCAGUCCUCCAGAUCCUUCUCCUGGAUCAUUGUUGAUGUCAACAACUCGUACGAGUCCAUCGACGGCAGCGAUGACACCAGAGCCAACUGGAUGAGGUUUGUGCGGACGUCUUCGGAGGAGAGCGACAGGAACUUGACGGCGUUCCAGCGCGGUAGAAACAUUUACUUCAGCGUGUGUCGGCCGCUGGCGGCGGGAGAGAGGCUGAGGGUCUGGUACAGCCAGGACUACAUCCAGAGCCUCCACAGGGUCUCUCAGGACCGCAUCGGCCAGAGCCUGGACUCAGAUUCGGGGAAGCCGGUGGUCCUGCUGAACCUCCAGGAGAACUCUAAGUCUCGGUGUGUGCAGUCGGCUCUGCAGGCUAAACCCAGCGAGGAGUGGGUGCAGGCUAAACCCAGCGAGGAGUGGGUGCAGGCUAAACCCAGCGAGGAGUGGGUGCAGGCUAAACCCAGCGAGGAGUGGGUGCAGGCUAAACCCAGCGAGGAGUGGGUGCAGGCUAAACGCAGCGAGGAGUGGGUGCAGGCUAAACGCAGCGAGGAGUGGGUGCAGGCUAAACGCAGCGAGGAGUGGGUGCAGGCUAAACGCAGCGAGGAGUGGGUGCAGGCUAAACGCAGCGAAGAGUGGGUGCAGGCUAAACGCAGCGAGGAGUGGGUGCAGGCUAAACCCAGCAAGGAGUCGGACGGCCAGCCUCCCGCCAAGAAGAAGAAGAUCGACCUCAUCUUCAAAGACGUCCUGGAGGCGUCCCUGGAGUCCCGGUCCUCGCUCCACGGCGGCCUCACCGUGCCGAAGCUAAAGGUGGAGGAGACGGAGGAGGAGAACCAGAGCAGCCAGGAACCCUGCACCUCCUUCUGCCCAAACUGUGUCCGACUGAAGAGGAGGAUCCAGGAGCUGGAGGACGAGCUGUCCCGAGUCAGGGGGGAGAGACGGGAAGCACCGAUGUCUGGACAGACCCAACGUGAUCAGGGUCCCGGGACCCAACGCGAUCAGGGCCCGCCCCACCCCGAGCAGGGCCCUGUCGAGGACUUCCAAGGGAUGGAGCCUCUGACGCCCUCUCAGGCGGUCCUAGACGAAGACGACCCGGACGUGGACUCGGCCGACGAGUCGAUCGCCGCGGAUCUCGUGAUUUCUCCGGAGGACUCGCUGAAGCUUUCGUCGGCCGGCGGCCGGCGGAUUCGCCGCUUCAAGCAGGAGUGGCUGAAGAAGUUCUGGUUCCUGCGCUACUCGCCCACCCUCAACGAGAUGUGGUGCCACGUGUGCCGCCAGUACACGGUCCAGUCGUCCCGCACCUCGGCCUUCAUCGUCGGCUCCAAGCAGUUCAAGAUCCACACCAUCAAGCUGCACAGCCAGAGCAACCUGCACAAGAAGUGCCUGCAGCUGUACAAGCUGCGCAUGCAUCCCGAGAAGACGGAGGAGAUGUGCAAGAACAUGCUGCUGCUGUUCAAUGCCGCGUACCACCUGGCCACGGAGGGUCGGCCCUUCUCCGACCUGCGCUCGCUCGCCGAGCUUCUGAAGCGCUGCGAGCUCAAAGUGGUGGACCAGUACAUGAACGACGGAGACUGUCAGAUCCUGCUGCACCACAUCGCCCGCACUUUGAAGGAAGACCUCGCGGAGAAGAUGCGGCUGUCGCCCUUCCUGAGCGUCAUAAUGGACGCGCAGAACGACGAUCUAUUCUCAGACAUGGUGGCGGUGUACGUCCAGUUCAUCACCAACGAGGGCUCCCCGAGCACGGAGUUCCUGUCCCUGCAGAGGCUGAGCGUGGCCAGCGUGGACGGCUAUCUCCAGGCGUUGGAUCGAGCCUUUGGUGUCCUCGGCUUCCGGUUCCAGGACCUGCUGGUGGUCGGUCUGGGCGUGGACGGCACCAACAUGUCUUCGGGGAUGCGAGCGAGCCUGUACGUCGCGGUGCAGAAGAGUUUCCCGUGGAUCCUGUGCCUUCCCGUGAUGAUCCACCGGCCACAUCUGGAGGUGUUGGACGCCAUCAGCGGGAAGGAGCUCUCCUGCCUGGAGGAUCUGGAGAACAACCUGAAGCAGCUGCUCAGUUUCUACCGCUACUCGCCGCGCAUGAUGGCCGAGCUGCGAUGCACGGCGCCCACGCUGUCGGAGGAGACGGAGUUCCUCGGAGACAUCCGAGCCGUUCGGUGGAUCAUCGGGGAACCAAACGUCCUGAACGCGCUCAUCAAAGAUUACCUGGAGGUAGUGUCUCAUCUGAAGGAGAUCAGCAGCCAGACGCAGAGGGCCGAUGCUGCAGCCAUCGCCCUCUCCCUCCUCCAGUUCCUGCUGGACUACCAGUCGGUGAAGCUCAUCUACUUCCUGCUGGACAUCAUUGCUGUCCUGUCGCGGCUCGCCUUCACCUUCCAGGGUGAGCACCUGCUGGUGUCGGCCGUGGAAGCCCGUAUCCAGUACGCCAUCCUGGAGAUCGGCCAGCUGGCGGACUGCCCCGGGGAAUACCUGCAGGAGUUUGAGGAAAACUUCCGGGAAAGUUUCAACGGCGUCGCUCUGAAGAACCUGCGCGUCGCCGAGUCCAAGUUUCAGUCGAUCCGGGAGAAGAUCUGCGACCGGAGCCGGGGGAUUCUGUCUCAGCGGCUGGACCUGCAGAGCCGCGCGUUCGCCAAAGCCUGCAAGGUCCUGGAUCUGGCAGCCUGGCCGCCCAACCGGGAGGAACUGCAGGCCUACGGCGAGGAAGAGAUCCAGGUGAUAUUCAACCAUCUGGAUUCUGUCCCGUGUGGCGGUGCGGAGGGUUCCCAGGCGCGCACCGAGGCGAGGGGCAGCCUGAACGUGGAGUGGAAGGAUCUGAAAGCCGACUUCUGCGGCAUGAACGGUUUCAAAGAAGUGGUGGGUCACAUCUGCAGGUACAAGCAGCGUUUCCCGCUGCUGAACCGCGUGGUGCAGGCCGUGCGGGUGCUGCCCAGCUCCACGGCCUGCUGCGAUAAAGGCCGCAGCGCUCUGACCAAGAUGCGCAGAAACAACCGCUCGCGGCUGACCCUGGAGCAGAUGAACGACCUGCUGGCCGUGGCCGUUAACGGGCCGCCCAUCGGCAGCUUCGACGGGAAGCGAGCGCUGGACAGCUGGUUCGAGGAGAAGUCCGGCGGCAGCUACUCUCUGGCGGCCGAGGUGUUGACCAGGAAGUCGGCCGCGGAGCAGAAGUCCGUCCUGCACAGCGUGGACGUCAACACGGAGUUCUACCCCGACGUCUGAGACAGGCAGACGCUACGUUAAAGGCACACGCCGAGUUAUUGGGACUUUAUCUUAUUCACUGUAACCCCCAGAGUUAGACUAGU